AUGCUAUUUAUUGGACUGGAAAAAGAUAUUGAACUUUUCAGGAAGAAAUUGCAGCAACAAUAGUUUCAAGAUCUUAUUGGUGAAGAUGAUGAAGAGGAAGACAAGCAGCAAAGUGUUGAAAAACCUUUGACGAAAAAAAAACUCGAAAAAUUGAAUUCUUAAAAGGCUUAAUAAAUAAGACCACCAAUAGAAAUGAGUGAUAUUGCUAUGAAUGAAGAAUACUUUGAUGAUAUAAUUAGUUUAAAAUCAGAGGAAUCAAUCAUUGAAGUUUGUAAAAAGAAACCAAGAAAAGAGCAUAUAACACCAUAAUCUAUUGAUGACGAUGAUUUUGAUGAUUUAGCAUUUUCUUAAGAAAACUCAGCAAAUAAGAAUAAUAAUUCGUAAGCAAAAAGAAAAAGAAGACCACGAAAUAAUUAAAACAAUAAACCUCAAAGAGUAUUUAUGUCAACUAAACUCAACCAAGAGAUAUUUGAAAAAUUUCAAAAGUUCACCAUAUCCAUUGAUUAAGUGCCAGAUCUUGCUAAUGAUGGAUCAUAAGCAAUGGUGCUGAGAUGCUUUAAGCAUCAUUAGUAUUUUUAGGACAAAAGUGCUCUCAGUAAAAAUGAUGAUGAAGAAUUCUUUGAUAUUUUGAAGUCUAUCGAUAAGAAUUAAAAUUUAUGUCCUUUAACUAUUCUAAUAAGAACAAAUAUUCAAGGUUAUUGGUAAAUUGAGAAAGAAAUAACGAAUUUGUAUUUGCAUGAACCAUUGAUGCAUUAGAUGUAGCAGAGUACAAUUCUCAAAAAAAGAUCAAUGAAGGAAGUCAAUAAUCUAAAGUUCGAUGAGAUAGUAAAUAGAUCUAAAAAUAAUAACAACAUAGGCAAUAUGAAUAAUCAAAAUGAUUUUGAAAGUGAGUUUCAAAUGGAUGAAACUAAUUUAAAUGUGAAUUUCAAACUUAAAAAAAAUACAAAUAAAUAUGAAUUCGAUCCUGAAGUUAGCACAAAGCCAACAAUGUCUCCUUAGACAGAGUAGCAGAUAUCAGAGGAUUAUCCCUAGCCUGAAAAUAAUAUAAGUUUGCUUAGCGAUAAAUUUUUCAACUCACCUACUAAGAAUGAACCUCUAAGUCAAAAUAAAAAGAGACAAGAAAUACCAUACUAAGUACUAAAUCGUGGCACUGUCUAAGAAGCAUAAAAUGUUUUAGUAAAUGUCUUAGACUCAACUCAAUUUUUGAAUAAAGUUGUCAAUGAUGUUCAAUUAAUGCAACCUCCGAAUAAUUUAAAUUUAAAACUCAAUAACAAAAAGAACAUCUUCAAAAAGCAAAACUAACUUAUCAAUCAAAACUCGACUAAUAAAUUGAUGAAAAAUGAGAUAAGUCCCUUGAUCAAAACUAUUACAAAAAAUGAGUAAGAAAUGGGAAAUGAUUACUCAACUAAGGAAGAAGAUACUCAUAAAAUGAUAAGAUACUUCAAACAGUACCUAAGCAAAGGAGAUUUUUUCAGAUAUGAAACAGAUUAAAAAAAUGAGAAUUAGGUGAAGACUAUGAUUAUAUCAAGUGAGAGUAUGAAAGAGAAAUACUUAGUCUAUCGAGAUGUUGUUGCUUUAGCUCCCUGCUUUUAAUCUUAAUCAAACAAUAGAUUCAACUUAUUCGGAAUAGCAAUAUAUGUGACUUAAAAUGAUCAAGCAAGUCUUGAGUUCGCUCUUAAGAACUUUUUAUUUUAUGUUGGAUAGCUUCCAAAAAUACUAAUAAUUGAGAGAAAUAGCUUUGCCUUUGAAUACUACCAAAACAUCAUAAAUAAGUUUGACUUUCUGAAGAAAGAUGAAAAUGAAUUAUACAAAUUGAUAUUUAGUUUGCCAAUAAUUGAAGACAAAGAGGAGCUUGACAUCAAAUUAAAAGAUUUGCAAAAAAUAAAUUUCAAUUAAUUGGAUAAUCUUAAGGAUUUUUUAAGAAAGCUUCAAGUAGACAAAUAGCUUUGGUCCUUAGCUUACAGAGAUGUCCAAAAUUAAAGAAUAUUUACUGAGGAGCUAGAAUGCAGUUAUAGUAAUGAACCUAAAGUAGUGGGAGCAAAUAUUAAUUAAAAAUUAGAGUAGAACUUCAUUUUCAGAGAAUUUGCAUAACCUUACUUCACACUUUACUCACUGUAAAGAUUUAAACUAUAAAUGUAAAAAGCUAACAACUAUCAAUUAAUCGAGACCAAUAUUUAAAUGACAGACUCAAUAGAUGAAAAUCAGGGUAUGGCAAGAUAAUGGAGAGUUGGAAAUAUUGAAAAGAAAUAGCUUGUUUUCACUGUAAAUCUGGUUCCUUCAGGAUAAUUUGAUGAAUUUGACGAAGAAAUAGAUUAUCUAUAAUGCUAAUGUACUUUCAGUUAAAUAUCUGGUAUUCCUUGUUCGCACGAGUUUUGGAUUUAGAAUUGCUUUUACGAAUCAACAUUUCAAAGGUGA